CCAGCGUGGAGUUUUCUGACCUUUGGCUUAAUGGGAACAAAAAAAAGCAUUCCCUUUCUUUGUGUCCAGACAAGACCUCAGUGAAUUAUAGACAUUGGCAGAUUUCUUUUCUUUUCUUUUUUUUUUUUGCAGUUUUUGACCGGGGCCCGGUUUGAACCCACCACCUCCGGUAUAUGGGGCCGGCACCCUACUCCUUGAGCCACAGGUGCCACAUUGGCAGAUUUCUUAGGGAGGCAGCAUAGAAUGAAAGAGGAGACACUUGACUACUUCCUGACCUGAAAGGGCCCCAAAGGAAUCUGAAGCUGCCAUCCUGAUCAGAGAGUGGAGAUGGGUCUCCAGAAGUGAGUGAUGAACGAGGUAGAGGGCACCACUCUUAGGCAGGAUUGGGUCCUGCUCCUCUGGGUACAAGGCCACGAGGCUUUGGAGAGUUCCUCCUCUUGUCCUAUAUACCCAUCUCAGGGCUGUGGCUUCCCUGAGAGCUAGUUGUUCUAUUGCUCUUGAAGGUGGGGCUUUGACAGGAGGCUAGAGAGGCAGGAAAGCAGAGCUGAGAUUCUUUCCAUUGCCAUUCCUGGGCUGGGAUUGCACUCAGCAGGUAUUGCCUAGGAACAUAGGUGAGUGCAUCGGACUUCUGUGCAGACCUUUUGCAGAAUGGUAAUUCUGGAAAUGCUGGCUGUAUGAAGAGUGACUGAGUGAAUGUUUAGGGGCUGGGAAAGGCAGAGUUUCUGCUGGGGCCCUGUUAAAAGUCAGUGUUGUGGGGUGUGGGUGAGAGUAAGUAAGGGGUGCCCUGGAUUAAAGGCCAUCUUCCCUAAUUGCUUUUCAUCUAAGAGGUAAGGGCAUGAGGGAUGGUUAGGAGGAGGUGAUCAGGAUGCUGGGGCCUGAGAUAGCUCUUACCAGAAGCUUCAGUGACAGGUAAAAUUGUGGGAGAUGAAGGGAUUGUAUCCUUGAGACCAUGCUGGGAGUCCAGCAAAUGGUGAGACUCCUGAAUGGUAUCUACUUGUAUUUUUCUCCCUUAGUGUCAACAUGGUUGCCCAGGGUCCCAGGUGAAGGAGAGGCAUGAAGGUCUCAGCAUACAUGAGCGCCUGAUCCAUCCUCUCCCCUUCCCCUCCUGGACAAGCAUGGGGUGGGUGUGUCCACUUUCUGACACUAUGGCAGUGGCCCUGAUGGUUGCAUUUGGCUAAUUUCAGGAAUCUGGCAGCAGUAUGUCUAGCACCAUGCACCUGCCCAAGCACAGGCAGUGUGGUGGGCUGUAGGGGCCUCCACCUGCUCAACCUUCCUCCCAAUUUCCCCUAUAGAGCCUGGCUCCUGGAGCUGGAACCACAGGAAUCUCAGCCACCUGCCUGUUGGUGCCUUCUAAGACCUCUGGAGAUGGGGUCUGCUGCUCUCUCACAAUGUCCUGCAAGAUGUAGCUGGUGGAGCCCUAGGGCACCUGAGUUGCCUGAAGCGGCUAGUCCUCACUCCCAACUGGCCCUCCUGCCCCAGACUUCUCAGCCACCCUGGGCUCUUUGCUUCGUCUCGACCUGUCUCACAACCUACUCACCACCCUGCUCCCCAGUACCCAAUGGGGUCUGGGGAGCCUUAAGCAGCUCAAUCUGAGCCUCAACUAGCUGCCUACAGCAGGGUUUGGUGGCCUCUUCUGCCUAUCCUGGCUGGGAACCAGCUGCAGUGGGUGAAAGGCACUAUUUUGGUAUCCCUGCCAGGCUUGGAAAUUGUCUUUCUGGCUGGGAACAAAAAUGAGCUGGAGGUUGAGGCAUUUACAGCCUUGUGGGCACUGGGACUAUCUCAUGGACAACUGACUGUAUCACCUCAAGUUCAAGGCAGUAGCCGCUAUCUGGACAGCAGGUUUAUAGCUGCCACUGGUCAAAAACCCUUGGACAUACAACUGUGACCUGCCGGGAAUCUUCAGGAAGCUGGAUUGCAUGUGGCCAACCUAGGCAACUUGAAGUGCUAGUUCCAGCUCUGCCUGGCCCAGAUGGCCACUCUCCUUGGCAUCUCAGGCACCAUGCUGCUCGCUGUGGCUGUGAUUAUGGCUGAGCAUAAACGCAGGCAGGGCCCUGGACAGGAUGGGAACCUCCGUGGAGAGGUACAAUGAAAAGCCCAGAAGUCUCCAUGGGCAGGGGGAAGACUGAAGUUCGCAGCGGGAACACCUCCUUCGUGUCGGAACUAGAAUAGACAACGUUGUUUCCCGGCGGGAGGGGAAAAGAAAAGGCGAGACACCCGGAAGUUUCGUGCCCAUUUCGCGCCGGCCUCUCUGACGGAGUGAAGCCGCUGCCCUUUCUGCCCUUUCCCAAAAUGGCGUCUGAAAUAGGUUCGAGACGGUGGAUGCUGCAGCUGCUCAUGCAGUUGGGUUCGGUGCUGCUCACACGAUGUCCCUUUUGGGGCUGCUUCAGCCAACUCAUGCUGUAUGCUGAGAGGGCUGAGGCGCGCCGGUGAGAAGGCCCAUGUAGCCGCCGGACGCGGUGGGGGGCGGAAGCCCGACAUCCCAGUGCCUUAUCUGUAUUUCGACAUGGGGGCGGCCGUGCUGUGUGCUAGCUUCAUGUCCUUUGGAGUGAAGCGGCGCUGGUUCGCGCUAGGGGCUGCACUCCAGCUGGCCGUUAGCACCUAUGCCGCCUACAUCGGGGGCUACGUCCACUACGGGGACUGGCUGAAGGUCCGUAUGUAUUCUCGCACAGUUGCCGUCAUCGGUGGCUUUCUUGUGCUUGCCAGCGGUGCUGGGGAGCUGUAUCGUCGGAAACCCCGCAGCCGCUCCCUACAGUCCACCGGCCAGGUGUUCCUGGGCAUCUACCUCAUCUGUGUGGCCUACUCGCUGCAGCACAGCAAGGAGGACCGGCUGGCGUAUCUGAACCAUCUCCCAGGAGGGGAGCUGAUGAUCCAGCUUUUCUUCGUGCUGUAUGGCAUCCUGGCCCUGGCCUUCCUGUCGGGCUACUACGUGACCCUGGCUGCCCAGAUCCUGGCUGUACUGCUGCCCCCAGUCAUGCUGCUUAUUGAUGGCAAUGUUGCUUAUUGGCACAACAUGCGGCGUGUUGAGUUCUGGAACCAAAUGAAGCUCCUUGGAGAGAGUGUGGGCAUCUUUGGGGCUGCUGUCAUCCUGGCCACUGACGGCUGAGUUGCACGGCGAGAGGCUGAGAUGGGCGCAGGGAGCCACUGAGGGCCACCCUGCCUUCCUCCUUGCUGGCCCAGUUGCUGUUUAUUUAUACUUUUUGGUCUGUUUGUUUGAUUCCUUGCUGGUUUUUUCUUUUUUUGCAUUGUUAAGAGGCCGGUCUUUUUCCCAGCCUGGGCUUGACCCUUGGGAAGGUGGGAGCCCUGGCACUAAUGCCUCACAGGUUUUUCGUUUUCUUGUUUAUUAGGAGAACUGAGGCCAGCUGCUCCCUGGGCCUCCUGGCCCUGGGAAGGGAAUAAGAUGGCCAAGGGUGUGGGUAUCUUAAGAGUGGGAGACAAGGAAAGAUGGUGGAGAUCAGAAGUGAGCAAAUAUGAAAAAUUCCUUUUUGAACCUAGCAGAUGCAGGUAGGCUCUGCUGUGCUUUCCAGAGACCGAGUCUGUGGAAACUCAACACAUGUGCAUCAGGCCCAGGAGGAGCAAAGGGCCUGGGCACCACAGAAGUCAUGUGGAUUCUCAGGAUAUGCUGGGACAGAAACGGUACCAACUCUGUGUCACCUACCUUGACAGCAGAGCAGGACCUGGUCUGCUCUGGGCUAUGCGGGGGUGGAGCAGGCAGUGGCCAGUUUUUCCCCUGAUGCCACCUCUGUCUCCAGUUCUGUGGUUGGCCUGGUGGGGGUUGAAUGCCCUCCCAAACACCAGACCACACAGUCCUCCAAAAAUAAACAUUUUAUAUAGA